AUGCGCGCCGACGAGAGUGAGUGUCCCUCCCCAGCGCCCUCUUAUAGUGCGGCUGUUCUCGGGGUGCGGGUCGGGCGGCUGGGGCGAGCAGGCGGCCGCGCCGCCGCCCUCCUACAAUCAGCGCAGCGCCGACAAGAUGCGCGCCGACGAGAGCGGCCGCGCCGCCGCCCUCCUACAAUCAGCGCAGCGCCGACAAGAUGCGCGCCGACGAGAGUGAGUGUCCCUCCCCAGCGCCCUCUUAUAGUGCGGCUGUUCUCGGAGUGCGGGUCGGGCGGCUGGGGCGAGCAGGCGGCCGCGCCGCCGCCCUCCUACAAUCAGCGCAGCGCCGACAAGAUGCGCGCCGACGAGAGCUUAGGGUCUGCAGCUACAAUUUCCGCGGUUCUCUACGCAAACACUAAUCAUCCUGAAUGGAAAACCGAGUUUCCUAACUGGGUUGACCGAUGCAAGCAGAUACUUAAAAAAUGGCGCGCUCUGCCCUCUGAACAAAAGGCACCUUACCUCCAGCGCGCUAGAGACAACCGGAGUGCAAUACGAAUGAAGAAAGCGCAACAGAGCACGAGCGGCGUGGAGAGCGAGGGCGCAAGCAGCGCGGCGAGCGGCACGAGCGCGCCGAGUGCGGUGGGGGCGGCGGGGUCGGUGGGCGCUGCGUCCGCGCCAGCCGGCGUCGCCAGCGCGCCGGCCGCCGCGAGCGCCGUGAGCGCGGCGGGCCCGCCGGUGCGCGCGCCCAACGUCACGGUGACGGCGGACGGGCUCCUGGAGGCUGACGCGCACAUCCGCGUGCUCACGCCGUCCGAGAUUAUGCGCACGCUGCCGCGCCUCGCGCACGCACACACGGAGCAGGAGCGCGCGUGCGGCCAGCAGCGCAGCGCGCGCGAGGCCGAGCAGGAGCGCCAGUGGAAGCAGCUGCAGCAGAUGCGCCAGCAGCAGACGCAGCAGCAGCAGCAGAUCAUACAAGACCAGCGGAUACAAGCAGCGAUGCAGCGUAUGCGCGCGCCGGACAGUAGUCCUCCGCCGGGCACUCCCGGAGCGGGCAGCGCGGCGCCUGCAGCGCCUCCAGCGGCUGCACCGACGACGCCUACGCCUUCCGCAGAAGCUCCACGGAGCGCCUUCCCAGCACAGCGCUUUCCGCUGCAUUACGCGACCAACGACGACAUUAACAGACAGCUGCGCGAUUUAUUGCAGCGACAUCCAGACAAGAUGUGGCCACCGCAGGCAAGUAGUGAAGAUGGUCCAGUUCAGGGUGUAAAUUUAGAAGGGCAACCAUUUAGGCAGCCUCUACCAGUUUCCCUUCGUCCACGGGCUCCAUUGCAGCCUGGACAAAGACCUGACCACCAGUUAAUAAUGCAACAACGUGUUGUAUCGACGGACACCAAUCAAAUGCAACAAAAUAUUCCUCACCCAGUUGCACAGCACUUGAUAGACCAGAAACAAUUGAUUCUAUCGCAAUCAAAUGUAGCAAACCAGAGCGGAGACAAUAAGCAGGACUCCGCACCCGAACAUGGGACUGAUGAAAUGGAUAUGGGAGAUAUGGAUAAACUAGAACAAGAUGCUGGAAAUAUUGGCGAGGUUGAUAUCCUGACCGGUCUAGGGGGCGAAGACGACGAAGCGCUACUUGAGUCACUGACGGCAGAAAUGGGCGAACAAUUUAACAUCCUGGAGUAUGCCGACCCCGAGCUGGCGGCGCUUAACGACGCACACCUGCUGGACGGGCUCGAGCUCGCAGACGACGUGUCACAAUCGCAAUCGCACCCGCAUGCAAAGCGCAUGCCCAAUGACGAAAAUGAAAAUAAAACAGAGAGCAAAGUUAAUAGUGAGCUUCAAAAAGCUGUACAUAAUAUAGAAACAGACAAGGUCCAAGUUAAAUCUGAAAUGGACAUAAUCAAGUCCGAAAACCAAGAAGUAAAACCAGAAGUAACUUCUUCAACUUCUAAUGUCGGACAAAUGUUCUCAGAAGGAGUUCACAGGGUUAUUACACAGAAUCAACAGAUGUCUAUUCAGACUGCAAUGCAUGAAAUAAAAUCGGAGAUAAAGCUGGAAGGAGACGAAGUGAAAUCAGAAGGCGAAUGGCGCCCAGUCCAGUCCCCACAAAGGCCAGUCUUUUCGCAAAUGUUUACCGGCGGCGUGCAGAGGCUUCAAGUACCUAUACAACAACAAAGCAUGGGUCAGCGGCCGUCACAGUUCGGUCAACCCACGCAGCAAGUGAUAAGCCAACAACUUGUACAGCGAGCGCAACUGCAGCUUACUGGACAACAUAACAUGCAUUUUGCACAAAGUGCGGCGGCGAGUGCGCACACGCAGAGCAUCGUGAGCGCAAUGAGCGCGCAGGUGCAGGCGGCGCUGGCGGCGGGCCGUGCCAUCGCGCCCGGCACGCGGCUGCUGGGCGCGGACGGCGCCGUCGGCGUCGUGCGCCACGACCGUACCGUCGCGCUCGCUGCGCUGCCGCACUCCGCGUCUGGAAGUGUGGGCGUGGGUCGCGCGCCGCCGCCGCCACCGUACCCGGGCACACUGCGCGCGCAGCCGCCGCAUGCGCAGCACGCUCAGCACGCGCAGCACGCACAGCAUGGCCCGCAGCACGCCACGCCGCACGCGCCGAACGCGCCGCUCGCGCAGCCGCCGCACCCGCAGCCGCCACCGCCGCCCUACCCGCAGGAGCAACCUUUGCUUCUGGAGGAGCUACUGGAGCAGGAAAAGCGGGAGCAGGAGCGGGAGGGCGGCGAGUGGACGGGCGGGGCAGCGGGCAGCGCAGCGAGCGCGGUGGGUGCGGGGGCGGGCGCGGGAGGCGCGGCCGGCGCGGGGCCGGCGGGCACGGGGCCGGCGGGCGCGGCGCCCGGCGUGGCGCUGUUCAGCGCGGCGCCGCCGCCAGCGCCGCCCGCGCCGCCCGAGCGCGCGCUCACCGAAGCCGACCAGCACGCGCGCCUGCUGUACGAACAGUGGCUCGACCAGUACAACACCUUCGCUGUCGAGCAGUUGCGCUACUACGAGACCGAAGUCCAGAAGCUGCGCAAGACCCGCAAGUCGCUGAACAGCAAGCAGCGUCAGUUGCGCAAAUCCGGUAAUGAGCUUAUGCCAAACGACGCGGCGGCUCUUCAACAAGUAUCGACGCAGCAACAGGCAUUACAAAAGCAUCUCGAAGCCGCCAGAAAGCAGGCCAGACAACACAGCAUGCUAAUUCAGGAGUACCAAACAAAACAACGUCAACAAAAUCCUCAAUUAGCUCAACAAACUGUCAUAAAUCAACAGCAAAUGACGACCAAUCAGGGCGUGUUCACUCAGAAUCAAAAUGUUGGGCAGUCACAGAUGCAACAGCAGUCGACCAUCAAUAGGCCGAUGCAAAUAGGUCUACAAGGAACAGCAACCCAACAACAGCAGACACUCAUUCGUACUCAGCAGACUAUUUUAAAUUCCGACGGGCAGCCAAUGUCGCAACAGAGAAUCGGUCUGGUCACGUCACCGCUCAGCGCCCAGGGCAGAAUUCUGCAGGGCGGGCGGACCCUCGUGAUAGAGCAGUCGGGAUCAGCGCAGCAGCAGCUGGUGAGGCAGCUGUCCAGCGUGCAGGAGCGGCCGCAGUCCGUGGGCGGCAUGGUGCAGUUCGGGCAGCAGCAGCUGGCGGCGCGCGCCGCCAUGUCGCCGCUGCACGUGCAGUCGCCGCACGCGCAGUCGCCGCACCACUCGCUGGCGCCGCACUCGCCACUGCAUCCCCUCGCCUCGCCCAUGCAGUCGCCGCUGCACUCGCAGCCCUCGCCCCUGCACCACACCUCGCAGUCCCCGCUACAUCCGUCGACACAGUCGCCGCUCCAUACGCAGCAGUCGCCGCUGCACUCGCAACAGUCUCCAAUGCACACGCAACAAGCGCAGAAUUUGCCGCAGCAGUCGCCGAUACACCAGUCGCCGCUUCAUGCGCAACAGCAAAUGUCGACGCAGCAUUCGCCGAUGCAUCCGCAACAGAGUCCGAUGCAUCCACAACAGAGCCCAAUGCAUCCGCAGCAGAGUCCGAUGCAUCAUCAGCAGAGCCCGAUGCAUUCGCAGCAAAGCCCGAUGCAUAUUCAACAGUCACCGAUGCACACGCAGCAAUCACCGAUGCAGACUUCGAUGUCUCCUCAACACUUUCUUCAACAACUGCAAGCACAGAGAACUAGUCCACAAUUACCGACGCCCAGUCGCAGUCCUCAGAUUUAUCAGCAGUCACAAAUUCAAAGCCCAGUUGCUUCGCACUCUCCACUCCAGUCUAAUGAUUACACAGCUGGCAGAUUUUCAAGACCUGUUCCAGGUUGCUCACCAUUACCGACACGUUUUGCAAGACCUCCGCAACAUCAACAGGGCAUGAGAGUUGGCGUUUCCUUUGGCAAUCGGCAACAAACUUCUCCAUUAGGCAGUCCGCAGCCACUGCCAUCGCCUGGCAACACAGCUAAUGAAAUGACUCGCCAGCAGCUACUUCAGCGGCAGCAGUACAGCCCAAUGGGUGCGGCGCCCGCAUCGCCGUCACUGUCACGGUCGCCGCACGUGGCGCGUACGCCCACACCGUCCGCUUCGCCGGCCGCGUCGCCCGCACCGCCCACGCACCCCGGGCCUUCCGCGCAUCCCCACCCCGAGCACGGUGGCGGGCAGCACGGACAAACGCACGCGUCGCCGCUGCCGUCGCUGCACGGCCACGGCGGCGGCUUCCGCCACAACGCGACGCCACUCCCGCCCGGCUACCGCUACUUCAAGCCCGGCCUCUUCGGCGGCGCGCCCGUUUGGCCCAAGGACGAAGACAGGCGCCAUCCCACGCACCUCAGUAAAGUCUCAAUCGUCAAGCGGCGAACACCUCCGCGACCCAGAUUUACAGGAAAGACGGCCGCACCCUGCUCCGAGAGUCGUUCGGACGAAAUGGGAGAGACGAGCGACGGGAGGAAAUAUGUACUAUAUGCGGACGGCGUCGAUUACACCCAAACGUCGGACGACUCCGCUCGCAUGAGUUUCUCAAAAAACGAUACGGACGAUGACAUUGAAGAGUUCGUGGAGCAUUUGGACGACGAUGACAUAGUUGUCGUUGAACCCGGAGCAAUAUCUCCUGAAGAACGCAUAGCUACCGAAGAAGACUUUGAGGAGUUGAUCGACAGCGGCAAACCUGAAGAUGAAGCGGAAGAAGAAACGUCUCAACCAGAAAAAUGUUCGACUAGGACCGAAACUACUACAAAAACUGUUGCAGUUAUUAGCCUUGCUACCGCUAAACAGCCGUCCGCGAGCAUCCAACAGUAUAAAAGAGUUAAUCCAUCACAGGGCUCGACACUUUCGCGAAUACCAGUAUUGAGUGCUACGGUGUUAUCUCCACACACUAACUCAAAAAUUCUCAAUGAAGUGUCACAAGCCACCGUUGCGUCAGUUUCUAUAGCCAACCAGACUAUUUCGGUUCCGGUCUUGAAAAAUCUCGCGGUACCCAUUGCAAGUGUAACUGGACACGCUGGAGGACCCAAACCUCAGAUAAAAAAAGUUCCUCUUAAUCUCACUAAUUCUCCUUUGACAGUUAAUAUAUCAUCUCAAUCCCUUUCUAAACCAAUAAGUUCGGUCAUUAGUGUAAUAUCCUCCAACGUACCAAAAGUAGCGAAUUUAAAUCCCGUAAUUACACUUGCGACUUCGAAUACCGGUAACACCAGACUUCCGGUAUCGAUUUUAACGCAACACCAAGUUAAACAGAAGAUAGUAAAAACAAUUGAAAAACCGAUGGCAUUAUCACUGUCUAAUUCGAAAUUGUCUAGCUUGUCCGUAACACAUGAUGUGACUUUGCCGGCUAAAAUUUUCCAAGACGAAGCGGCCUCUCCUGAUAGUACAGUUUCCGGUGAAAAUAAUUCUGAUAUCCAGAAUCCAAGUACAUCUAUAUCUUUGCUAACUCUGACAUCGCAUGGCUCUUCCCAGAAAGAACACAAACCAUUAUCGAUAAUGAAAGAAACAAAUAAAGAUAUCGACAUUGAAAGUGAAAUAAGCCAACAAACGGAACUGCCGCAUACGCUUUGUAUUACAGACAGAACACCUCUUCUGUUAGGAAAAGCUGAUAUAAAGAGUCCGGAUCCUAUUCCUGAAAAGAUUCCCGACAAUAUAAUGGAAGGUGAUGAUGAAGAUAAACCUGAGGAUAAUUUACAAGGAAAUUUGUUGCUGGCUUAUAAUAAGUCAAUACACGAUACAUCAAUUCAAAAUACGCCAGCAGAAAAUAAACAAGAUGAAAGUGUUGUAAAGACCAUAAAAGCUAUUGCUAAUCAAACCAAGGAAAUGGUUAUUGACUCAAAUAUGCAAAUAACAUCCGAUAUGGCGCAAGAAUCGGUUCAGAUAUCUAUACCUUCACCAACACCAUCCCAAGAACGAUACCUUAAUGAUAUCACGAUGCGAGAACACUCUGAAGCGGUUGAGGGCAACUCCAAACAUGUAGAAACAUUUGAAGACAUGCUUUGUAUUUUCGAAAAUAUAGCAGAUGACUCAAAGGCAUAUAGUAUGAAACAUCCGAAUCAGAAACAAAACAUGUCAAAUACUCCUAAUCAAAAUGUGAAUAUAAACACACCCUCAAAACAAGAUAGCAAAGAAGUUCAAGAACAACCAGCUUUUUUAAAACGAGAACAGGAGAAGCUGACAGUACAGUCUGCUGCAGUGCCUCAAUUGUCUCCUUUGUCACAACCAGCAGAAUUAACUUCUAACAUGGCAAAUGUAUCUCAACAGUUACGUACUAUUAUGACCUCACUAAACACAAACACAUCGAAAAUGGAAUCUCAAAGUAUAUCUAAUAUGAGAAAGUCCAAUGACGCAACAACUCCCACGCAGGUUAACUUUGAAAAUCUAUUGCCUUCAUCCAAAGUUGAAGUUGCUGCUUCUCGACCUUCUCCUGUUCAAAGAAUUGAAAAACCUACAACUUCCAUUCAAAGUUCAGAAAGUAUGUCUAUAACUGCAGCUCAGAUGAUGGGUUCGCGUGUGAACACAUUAUCGUCAAUGAGCCAAUUAAGAAAAUCUCCUACUGUAUCUCCAAUAAACUCGCCGGUAGGUAUGCAGAAUACUUUAAUGAAGUCGCCUGCUCAGUCACCUCUAAUAACUAAUCAAUCUUUCAUGCAAAAUGAAGAUACCAAUGUUGCGACAGUACCUUCGCAAGUCAUUCAAAUGCCGGCGCUAUCAAAAAUUCAUAGUAACUCUUCUGCACCAGUCUCUAUGAUUCAUUCGAACAAUACGAUUACCACUAGCGUAAGCAGUUUCCAAAAAGGUCAGCAAUUACCCACAAGUAUAUUAGGUCAUACCCUACUGCAACCGACAAGGCAGAUUAACACUAGCAAUCUUUCAUUUAAUUCUCAGAAUAUUAGUUCCAGCCAACCUCCAGCUUUAGUUAUGACAUCAAGGUCGGUAAUUGGAAAUAAAGAACCAGCGCCAAAUGUCACAGUACGGACACACGCUAUUGUGAGUCCUGGAAUGAGCCAAAUGCAAAUGAAAUGUAAUCAAUCAUCUGGCUCUAUAAAUUUCAUAGCAUCUUCAAAAUUAUUGCAUACGCAACUGACAUCGCCGUUAAAAAGAUCAAAAUCAACCGAUGAGCCAAAAAGCGAGGUUGUUGUUGGUCACAUACAACCUACGAAGAGGCAUAGCGUGGAAUCGGUAAUUGUUAAAUCGGAGCCGAUGGAAACAGAUGAAUCCAAUGCAGCAUCUUUAAACGAGAAUACUGUAAAUAAAAACACUCCGCCAGGUACCGGUAAUCAAAGAAAUGACGAAUCUCAAAAUGUUCUCCUAAAACAAUUAUUACAAACGACAACUUCUGCGGCGACUGUAGUCCCACAGCGUACCAUGACAAUACAGAGAACAGCACCCGCUUUGGGUACUAUACCAUCCUUAGAGGCUCAAUUAGCUAGGCCAUCAAUACCACCGCCUACGUUAGCUUUGUCUCAGGAAGUUGAGAUACCGAAUAACUCUCCAAGGCAUUUGACAACAGUCAGUUCUAAUUUCGGCAAUCGCCCCUCAAUUCCUACAUCCUCAAUUACCAUACAGACGUCAAUUCCUACAUCUUCAAUUUCACCAUUAAUUCAUACUUCAACGCAAUCUUUGAUGGAUGUUAGGAAACAACCCAUAAAAGUGAUGACCAAAGAAGAAACUACACCAGUUCCAGAAAAUUCACCGACGAUGAAAUCAACACCAAUGUAUUCAAUGAACUUAGAAAAUCAACAGAUGCUUCAAACAAUAAAAAAAGAAGUCGCCCCUCCACAACAAAGUCCGGUUCACAGACCCUUUACGCCAAUGGACGUGAAAAAAGAAUUGCUUGAUGAAAGUUCACAACAGUCUGCAACUUCCGGUGUUUCUACAGCUUCUGAUCAAGGAAAAUUAGAUCAACCUAUGAAAGAAGAAUAUCCUGAAAGCGUUACUAUGGAUUCGACAUCAGAAACAAAUGCACCCGAAACACCUUCUGAAGCAAAGAAACGCAAGAGGCGAGAAUACCAACAAAAGAAGCGCAAACAGAUGCAAAUGAAUAUGAAAGCAGCUGCUGAAAAUAAUUUAAACACACCUAAUGCUAAGAAACGACCUAGGAAAGGCUCCAGAUAUGAAGAAGAUUAUGACACAUUUAUUGACAAUUUAAUGACUCAACUGCGACUCUUGCCGCCAAUGCAAAUUCAGGAACCUACGCUUACCACGAAUUUCGCCGUUUGUCCGCUAUUUGGUUCUGGUGAUUUGACUAAACUGAAAAAUAAAGACUAUGAUAUUUUAAAAGGCGAUCUUGUUGGAGAGUUUGGUAAUGCGAAGAUACCGAAUGUAGCGGAUUAUUACAACACUAAACCAUUUGGUGAUGAAGAACCAUUACCGGAAAAACCACCAGCUUCCACUCAACGGGGUUUCUAUGAUCAAGAAUUUCAACCGAUCAUAUUUGACGAAGACCCCGAAGACAAGAAAUUGGACUUUAUCUGCAAAGAAAGAGAUACAGAUACACCUGAUAGUAUUAUAAGCUGCUCUAGUCCUGAAGGAUUCGAAAUUGAGCCUGCUAAUAGAUUCCCUGGCUUAAGAUUUAUCGACGAUGACGAUGAAGAAGACGACAGUGAUACGCCAUCAGGUCGAGUUUCACCUAUAAUACCACUUAUUGCGCCCAUACCCAUAAGAGUAAAACCUUUAUCGUUGUAUCAACUUAAAGAUGAAGAUGAUAAUCAAAAAUCGAUUAAAAGCAUUGACACUGAUUCUCCGCUAAAGAGUAAAAUCGAUGAUUCUCCUGGAAGUACAGAAAGCAAUGAGAAUGUUACAGUGACGUUAACAUUAACUUCAGGAGCUGCUGAAGAUAUUCUAGGUGUGCUGAAAGAGCUCGCUGGCAUACUCCACAUACCGCCGCCGACGUCAUAUCAAAUUAUUGAAAGAACUGCUACACCACCUUCACAUAAACUUGGGCUUUAUAGAUCUAAGGGAAAAGAUGGCAAAGAAGGAACUCCUAUUGAUAUUCAGAGUAUUUUAAAUGGAGCAGCAAAAUUCUGUCGGCAUUGUGACGUGGUUAUAUUAGAUUCAGUAGUCCGUGCAAAGGCUUCAGAAUUUCCCCUACUGUCAGCUAAUAAAGGCAACGCUGAAGAAAUUCUCUGCGAUAGCGAUUCUGAAUUAUAUUUUUGCAGUACACAGUGUUAUGAAAGAUUCGCAUGGCGACCAACUAAUAUUAUCCUUGAUGGAAAAUCUAAAACUAACAUUAAGGAUGAAAACAAGUCUGAUGUUGAGAACAAUCUGUCAAAGGACAGAGACGAUUUUGACACAGCAUCGACAGAGAGUAUGGAAACUGAUGAUUUGGAUAUUAAGCCUGAUAUAAAAGAUGAAAAAAUGGAUCUUUCGUUUAUCGAUUCCCUAGAUAACGACGAACUGAUGAAGGAAGUCGGAGAUGACGUUAGUGCUUUAGAUGAAGACUUGAAGAGCGAAGAGCAAGAUGAGAAAAGUAAUCAAAGCAUUGAAAGGGAAAAAUACAGGGGUAUUCGAUAUAAAGCGUGGUCGCCGGGAUGUAUUGGUCCACCGGUUAAAUACAAACGUCCCACAGAUAGAGAGCUUACAGAAUUGGUAUUUAAAACGGGUGUUGCUAUCAUGCCGGUCACUAAUGAAGAUGCGCGUAAAUGUGAACUUUGUGGUAUACAGGGCGAUGGAGUCGGUGACGGUGUAUCGAGACUGUUGAACUGCGAUGUUGACAGAUGGAUACAUCUCAAUUGUGCGUUAUGGUCAGAAGGCGUUUACGAGACCGUGAGUGGAGCGUUAAUGAAUGUAGACAGCGCUCUCGUUGCGGGUAUGAGCGCUACAUGCGCAGUCUGCAGAAGGCUGGGCGCGACUGUCAGAUGCUUCAAGGUGCGCUGCGGUAGUGUCUACCACCUGGGCUGUGCCGUCAAAGAUAACUGCGUUUUUUAUAAGAACAAAACUGCAUUCUGCGCCUCGCAUGCUCCUAAGAACGAGAAGGACAACGAGCUGACGACGCUGAGCGUGCAGCGGCGCGUGUUCGUGUCGCGCGACGAGCAGCGCCAGGUGGCGUCGGUGAUGCUGCACUCGGACGCCAACCACCUCAUCCGUGUCGGCGGACUCAUCUUCCUCAGCCCCGGCCACCUGUUGCCGCACCAGCUGCCCGCCUUCCACACGCCCAACUACAUAUACCCCAUCGGAUACAAGAUCGUGCGCUUCUACUGGUCAAUGUCGCGCGCGAAUAGCCGCUGCCGCUACGUGUGCUGGAUCUCGGAGGAAGACGGGCGGCCGCGCUUCCACGUACGCGCGCAGGAUGAGGCGCGCCGCGAGCUUAGCGCGCCCACGCCGCGCGCCGCCUGGGCCGCCGUGCUAGACGCAGUUGCGGCUUUACGGGAAAAUCGGGAAGAAGAGGGCGUGUUAAAAUUGUGGCCCAACUAUGUCACUGGAGAAGAUUUAUUUGGUCUCACCGAGCCUGCCGUCGUACGUGUGCUUGAGAGCUUACCUGGCGUGGAGACGCUGACGGACUACCGGUUCAAGUUUGGGCGGUCGGCGCUGCUGGAGGGCGGGCUGGCGGUGAACCCGUCGGGCUGCGCGCGUAGUGAGGCGCGUAGCCGCUGCGCCUGGCGCCGCAACGCGCGUGCGCCGCGCCCGCAGCCGCCAGCCGCUGCGCACGCGCCCGCGCCUCCUCCCGCGCCCGCGCCCGCUGCAGACCACCCUGCAUGCCCAUACUCUAAGCAGUUCGUGCACCCCAAGAGCUCGCAGUACAAGAAGAUGAAGCUCGAGUGGCGCAACAACGUCUAUCUCGCCAGGUCUAAAAUUCAAGGAUUAGGCUUGUACGCGGCACGUGAUUUAGAGAAACAUACAAUGGUCAUAGAAUAUAUCGGCGAAAUUAUUCGCUCAGAAUUGUCUGAAAUACGUGAGAAGAAAUAUGAAGCCAAGAACCACGGCAUCUACAUGUUCCGGCUGGACGAGCGGCGCGUGGUGGACGCCACGCUGAGCGGCGGGCUGGCGCGCUACAUCAACCACUCGUGCCAGCCCAACUGCGUGGCCGAGACCGUCGAGGUGGACCGCCAGCUGCGCAUCAUCAUCUUCGCCAAGCGCCGCAUCGCACGCGGCGAGGAGUUGGCUUACGACUACAAGUUCGACAUAGAAGACGACGCGCACAAGAUAAUGUGCAUGUGCGGAGCUCCCAACUGUCGCAAGUGGAUGAACUAA